CCUACGCUACAGACAUUAAAAAAAUGUUUUCAAAUGCUGGAAAGAAAAACAAGUUUUUUGAUGUUCAUCCAGAAUUUUUCUCAUGUAUUUCAGGGAUGUCAGACGAAAAUAUAGAAAUGGAAAAAUCCACUCAAAUUGCUGAAGAAUGUCGAGUCAGUGGAAAUAAACUUUACAGUCAGAGAAACUUUUUUGAUGCAUUAGUCAAGUACAAUGAGAUUCUAUGUUAUGCACCAGAUGCAAGUGAAGGAAUUGGACUGGCUUAUGCUAAUCGAUCUGCUGUUUAUUUUGAGAUGAAGUUGUAUGAAAAAUGUCUGAAAAACAUUGAAUUGGCAAAAGUUAAUGGAUAUCCUGAAAAGAACUUCCACAUUCUUGACAAAAGAACUCAAAAAUGUCACGAAUUAAAAGCUGAGCAGCAACAGAUGCUUGAAAAUCCUUUCGACUUUAUAAAAUUGUCAUACAAAGCAAAUCCACGCCUACCAUUUGUAGUUAAUUGUCUCGAAUUAAGGCAAAAUGAUGCUUUCGGUCGUUAUGUUGUGACUACACAAGAUUUAAAUGUUGGUGAUAUUUUGGCAAUUGAGGAACCGCAUUUUAAAAUCAUUAAGAGUGACUCAAGAUAUGACAGUUGUCCGGAAAUGAACAAAUUUCAGCGAUGUUCUGUUUGCUUGAAAGACAACUUAAUGGACUUGAUUCCGUGUCCAUACUGCAUUUCAACAAUGUUUUGUUCUGAGGAAUGCAGAGACUAUGCCAUGAAGAGCUACCACAACUAUGAAUGUGCAAUAAUUGAAAUUCUGCUUAAAACUGGAAUCAUGCAGAUGGCAAUGAGAGUUUUCUUUCAAGCUUUGAAUAUGUUCAAUGGAUCAGUUGAAGAUCUUCAGCAUUUUCUAUCAAACUACAUUAAUUCCUCAACUUCUGUAUAUGACUUUGAUGUCUCAAAAGCAGAUGAAGAUACAGCAGCAAAAUAUUAUUUAUUAUCAGCAUUCUGCUUAGCUAGAAGUGAUAAAAGUUCAAUGAGUGAAUCACCUGAAAUAAUAUUCAGAUUAAAUUCACAACUGUUGGAUAUUUGGAAUAAACAUUCAGACUUUAUUGAAUUCUUCAUCGCCAGAGCAAUUCAACUUUAUGACUGCAACUUCCAUGGCAUUUGUGGAUGGUCAAUUCAAAAAUCCUUCACCAGAGAACCUCAAAUGAUCGGUGUUGGAUGUUACACAUUUGCUUCACUGAUUAAUCAUUCAUGCGCGCCUAAUAUCAACAGAUGUUAUGUGUAUGAUAAGGUUGUGAUAAUGGUUGAUAAGCCGAUAAAGAAAGGGGAGCAGAUAUUUGAUUGCUACAGAUCAACAUUCCUCAUCCAGCCGAAAGCAGAACGUCAAAUCACACUUUAUGAACAAUAUUCAUUCCACUGCCAAUGUGAAGCAUGCAGCAAAAAUUAUCCACAAUUCAAUUCACUCAAAUCAAUGGAUAAGAAGACCUUAAAAUGGGCUAAGAAGUCUAAAAAUGAAAUUUCCAAGCUCGACUUAAAUGAAGCUAAGGAAAAAUUUCAAGAAUACUGCAAAGCUAUCCACCUGCAUUUUGAAGCUCAUGGAUAUCCAUCAUCAGAGUUAGUUUUAUUGCAAGAAUGUUUACAGGAAUGUACAUCAGUGAUUCUAAAACCAAAGCUUCUAAUACCAUAAAAGUUUACUUAAAAAGCAUAAACAUUUCCCCAAAUAACGGCGCAGAAAUGCGUGGAGUUGUCUUGUGACCUCAUUUGGACUUCAAUUGCUCCAGAUGAAAGAUCUUCCAUUUUAUGAAUCGGCAUGUUUAAUCUCCAUACUGCAGACUUUCCUUUAGCAAUUGGGCACUUGUAGCCAUCAAGAAGCCAAUCACAGCCAAUAAUUCGAUCUUCAGGUGCAUUAGACAUGGCUUUUAGGUUUCUGUUGUUGCCAAGUGUCAUGUAGACAACAGGAUAUAAAGCUGUUAUGUCAGAUUCUGAAAUAAUAAUUGAUGUUUGGAGUUUAUAAGGAAAUAACUGGGAGCUGACUAAGAAAAUACUUACUAGCUUCAAAUUCAAAGUCACCAAUGAUUGAUCUUCCUCGGACAAAAUCACAAACUUCAUCUUUAUCACAAUUAGCUAUUGUUACUGAUUUUGGAAGAGGUCCUUUAUCAGUUGCACAAGGAGAUACUUUAGCCCACACAAAAUGAACGAGAACACAAAGAAUAGCUAUGAUGAAUUUCAUUUUUAAAUUAAGCAGAUUCAGGAACAAAAUUAAAUUUUGAUUCAAAUCCAACAAGUGUAUUUUAGGAAUUGGUUGAAUUUGAAAUACAGAACUUUAUAAAUAGAAAUUUUUC